GUGCGGAAAAGCGGGGACUGUUCCCAGGCGCCAACGCCGAAUACGGGUUAUGAGACAACCUCUCUUAGUUUAUAGAUGUUGCGUCAGUCCGUCUCGUCGAGCUCGCUGAUAAUAAAACGGAUGACGUUAUCAAAUUAUUAUUCCAUUCGGUGAUUUGGCUCUACGUGCUUUACAUUGUAGUUGUACGAAAACGAAUUAGAAUCAAUUGACUGAUUAGUUGUUAGUUAAUCUACUGCCAUUGAACGGAAUUCAUUUUCCAAAAGUUACCUGCCGGCACCGGUGAUUCAUCAUUCAAUCUUUAAGUAAAAUUGUGACUCGAAAACGUCGAAUUCUCAUGCAAAAAUGAAUGUUACCUGCACUAUUUGUCAAGAGGACUUAUUUACCGGCGAAGAUGAUCAAUCAAUAAACUCAACAAGUUGUGGUCAUGUUUACCACUGCCAGUGUAUCUUGCAGUGGAUGGAAAGAUCUCGAACAUGUCCGCAGUGUCGUACGGAUUUGGGAAAUAAUAACGUAUUCAGGUUGAAUUUACACAUGGGUGAAAAUCCCUCAUCGAAUAGAGCAAGAUUACGAGAGUUGGAAGAUCGAGUAAAACGUAUCGCGAAAUCCGAAUCGGAUUUGAAAAAGGAUUUAGAAAUGAAUCGUAGAAAACUUCGAGAACUGGCUGCAAUAAAUAGUAAUCUGGAGUCAGAUUGUGAUGAAUUGAGGGCAGAAAUUUCCGAAUUAGAAGAUCAUGUUGAAUCACUUCAAAGUACAGAGUCCAGUUUAAAAGACGAGUUGAGGGAGAAAAAUGAAGAAUUGCAAAUAACAGACGAAAAUCUCAGAACUGUAAUUUCGGCGUACGAAGAAUUAAGGAUGAAGAACGUGAAACUAGAAGAUCAAGUGCAAUGGCUCCUAAAUUCUGAGUUGGGUUUGAAAAAUGAAAUAGCCAUUAAAAAUACCAAAUUGGAAGAGAUGAAAAAAGACAACGCGAAUGCGAAUCUGAUAAACGAAGUAUUAAAAAAAGAUAUCAAAGAAUUGAACAACAGUAUUAAAGAACACUUGCAAAUUCAAACAGAUUUGGAGAAUCAAUUAGUUUCGAAAACGUUGAAUUUACAAGAAGUGAGCGAAAAUCUCACCAAUGCGAAUUUGCACCUCGAUGAAUUAAAGGCCAAAAAAGAAGAAUUACAAGGGUGCUUGGAUCUGUACGUGAAUGCUACCUGCAAUUAUAAAAUUGAAUCGGAGCUCAAAAGUAUGAAAUUGCAAGAUAUAGAAAAAACUUACAAAUUUGCGAUAAUUGAGAGUAAAGAAUUGAGACUUCAAGUUGACACCUUGAAAGACGAAGUUGACAAAUUUAAAACUAAAUGGGAAUUGGAGCAAAGAAAGAAUGAUUCAUUGCAACGAGCUAGUGAACAAACAGAACGAACGUUACAGAAAAAAAUUGAUAAAUUGAAAACCGAACUAGCCACCGAGCAAGAGAAAAUUGAUUCAAUUAUAUUGGAAAAUAAAGGAUUGAGACUUCUUAAAGUGGACACGUGGGAAGAGUAUAUUGAAUUGAAGAAUGAAAUGAAUAUUGAAGAAUAGAUUAACAGCAUGUAAGAUCUGCAGAUUCGAGGAAAGGACGUUAGUGCAGAAUUUUCAUACGUAUUUUUCCAUUUUUUUUCUUCCUUUACUGACUUCUUGUAAGUUACUCAUAGAAUCGUAUAUCAUUUUUUAUAGUAUAAUUAUACUUUUUUGAUAUUAUACCUAGGUACCUAUAUUUAUUAAUUUGCAAUUAUCGUGAG